AUGAAACAACGUCUAUGUAUCGUUUGUCUCCUUAUCGUUACUAUAUUAAUAAUUGUGAUACCACUUGCUGUUUACUUCAAACAUCAUUCUAAAAUAGAUGAAGUUGCACCAAUUGGUAUAUUAGAUACAACAACAAUUGAUGCCAUUACUACUUCAAAUAGUGGUGAUGAUAAUAAUCAUCAAUUAACACGUGAUUUUACUUCGGAACCUGAUUCAACAAAUCAAUUAAACAACCCAACAACAAGUACAUCAUACUCAGUAGAAGAUUCGACGUCUGAUAUAUCGACAUUUACAUUGGUAACGGUCUCAACAAAGACUGUUCAAAAUACAGUACAAUCUACUUUUCAAACAACACAUAUGGAUACUAAAGGACAAAACAUAAUGACAACUGGUAAUGCUCAAACAUCACUAUUCAUGACAAGCACAAUGAAAUCUAAUGUUUAUACAGCGUUGGCGAGCAGUACAAAGCAAGAAUUGCGAACAACUGAUAUAACUCAAUUAACAAAGACAAAUAAACAAGAUGGAAUAACAAGUGAAAUAACAACUGCAUCUUCCACAUCACUUACAGAUUUGAAGACGCUAGAGGAUAAAAUGACUACUACAGACAAAUCUAAGUUAUUAUCGACAAUGUUGAUGAGAAGUACUCUUCAGACCUCAUUGAGUGAUGGGACAGCUGAGACUUUCGAUUCCUCGCUCGCAACAGUAACAACGAGUAAUCCUCAAUUCUUAUCGACAAAAAUGACUGUUCCUACUUUCCACUCUGCAUUAGUAACCGUGACAACAAAUUCCCCGACAUAUCUGUUAGAUACAGUAGCACCAUCUACUUUAGAAUCGUCAUCGACAACUAUGAAGUUAGAUAUAUCUGAAUCUACUUCAAAAAUGACGGUAACAAGUAGUUCUCAGUUUGCUUUAGCAUCUUCAACAGGAGACAGUUCUUUAUUCUCAUUGGUACCUAUGGCAGCAAGUACUUCUCAGUUCAUAUCAAAAUCUAUGACAACAGAGAAGCCAGUAUUAUCCUUAACGACAAUGACUACAAGUAGUUCUCAGUUAACAUCUGAAUCAACAACAGAAGAUCGCUUAGUAAUGUCAUCGAUCGUUAUGGCAACGAGUAGUUCACAGUUAACACCUGAAUUAACAACAAUAGAUAGCUCAGUAAUGUCAUCCACACUUAUGCCCGCGAUUAGUGCUGAGUUAGCAUCAGAAUUGUUAAUAACAGAUAGUUUCGUAGCAGCGUCAAUACCUGCGAUGACAGACAGCACUCAAUUGACGUCAGAAUAUUCGACAACAUAUAGUUCACUAUUAUCAUCGAUAAUUACCGGAACGAGUAGUACUCAGUUCGGGUCAGUAUCUUCGACAACAGAUAGUUCAGUAGUGUCAUCAACGCCUAUGACCGCGAGUAGUGCCGAGUUAUUACCAAAAUCUUUAAAAACAGAGAGUUCCGUAUCAGCAUCAACACCUGUGAUGAUAGACAGUAAUCAAUUGAGGUCCGAGUCGUCGACGACAGAUAAUUCAGUGUUAGCAUCGAUAAUUAUGACAACAAGUGAUACUCAGUUAGGGUCAGAAUCUUCGGCAAUAGAUAGUUCAGUAAUAUCAUCCACACCUAUAACAAUGAUUAGUGCUAAAUUAACAUCAGAAUCUCUAACAACAGAUAGUUCCGUAUCAGCAUCCGUAUCUAUGACAACAGACAAUACUCAGUUGACUUCAGAAGCUUCGACAAUAGGUAGUUCAGUAAUGUCAUCGAUAAUUAUGACAACAAGUAGUACUCAGUUACCGUCAGCAUUCUGGACAACAGAUAGUUUAGUAACGUCAUCGAUUCCUAUAACAACAAAUAGUGACAGGUUAACACCAGAAUCUUUAACAACAGAUAGUUCCGCAUCGAUAUCGAUAUUUGUGAUGGCAGACAGUGUUCAGUUGACUUCAGAAUCUUCGACAAUAGGUAGCACAGUACUGUCAUCGACACCUAUGACAAUGCUUAGUGGUGAUUUAACAUCAGAAUCUUUAACAACAGACAGUUCCGUGACAGCAUCAAUAUCUGUGACGACAGAUAGUGCUCAGUCGACGUUAGAAUCUUCGACAACAGAUAGUUCAGUCACGACAUCGAGUCCUAUAACAACAAUUAGUAACGGGUUAACAUCAGAAUCUUCAACAACAGAUAGUACCGUAUCAGCAUCAGUAUCAGUAUCUGUGAUGAUAGCCAGUACUCAUUUAGGGUCAGAAUCAUCGACAAUAGAUAGUUUAGAAAUGCCAUCAACACCUAUAACAAUGAUGAGUACUUCGUUAAUACCAGAACUUUUCAUAGACAGCAGUUCCGUAUCAGCAUCAGUACUCAUGAUGGCGGAGACAACUCAAUUGACUUUAGAUCCUUCGACAAUAUAUAGCUCGGUAAUGUCAUCGACACCUAUCACAACAAUUAGUGAAGAGUUAACAUCAGAGUCUUUAAUAACUGACAGUUCCGUGUCAGCAUCAACAUCUGUAAUGGCAGACAAUAAUCAGUUCACUUCAGAAUCUUCAAUCAUAGAUAGUUCACUAAUACCAUCGAUACCUAUGUCAACGAUUAAUACUGAGUUAACAUCAGAACAUUCAACAACAGACAGUUCAUUAUUAUCGUCGAUAAUUAUGACAACAAGUAGUACACAGUCAGGAUCAGAAUCUUCGCCAAUAGAUAGUUCAGUAAUAUCAUCGACGUCUCUGACAACGAUUAAUACUGAGUUAAUACCAGAAUCUUUAACAACAGAUAGUUCCGAUUCAGCAUCCGUAUCUGUGAUGACAGACAAUACUCGGUUGACUUCAGAAUCUUCGACAAAAUAUAGUUCAUUAUUAUCAUCGAUGAUUAUGACAGCUAGUAGUACUCAGUUACAGUCAGAAUUCUCAAUAACAGAUAGUUCAGGAACGUCGCCGACUCCUAUGACAGCAAUUAGUGCCGGGUUAACAUCAGAAUCUUUAACAACAAAUAGUUUCUUAUCAACAUCAGUAUCCGUUUUGAUAGAUAGUACUCAAAUGACGUCAGAAUCUUCGACAGCAAACAGUUCAGUAAUGUCAUCGAUACCUAUUACAGCGAUUAGUGUCGAGAUGACAACAGAACCGUUAACAGCAGAGAAUUUUGUAUCAGCAUCAAUACCUUUGAUGACAGACAGUACUCAAACGACGUCUGAGUCAUCGACAACAUAUAGUUCAUUAUUACCAUCGAUAGUUAUGACAACAAGUAGUAGUCAGUUCGGGUCAGAAUCUUCGACAACAGAUAGUUCAGGAAUGCCAUCGACACCUAUGAAAGUCGUCAGUAGUUCGUUUACACCAGAAUCGUUCGUAGUGGACAGUUCCGUAUCAACAUCAGUAUCUAUAAUGAUAGGCAGUACCCAGCUGACUUCAGAAUCUUCGACAAUAGAUAUCUCAACAAUGGCAUCGACACCUACGACAACAAUUAGUGCUGCUUUAACACCAGAAUCUUUAACAACAGAUAGUUCCGUGUCAGCAUCAAUAUCUUUCAUAGGAAGUAGUACUGAGUUAGAGUUACAAUCUUCGACCGUAGAUAGUUCAAUAAUAUCAGCGAUAAUUAAGACAACAAGUAGUUCUAAGUUAUCGUCAGAAUCAUCAACAAUGGAUAGUUCUGGAUUAUUAUCGACACCUACAACAAUAAGUAGCUAUCAGUUCACAUCAGAAUCUCUGACAAUAGAUAGUUCAACAUUAUCAUCAGCAGAUAUGAGAAAAGAUAGUUCUCAGUUUACCUCAGAAUCUUCAACAAUUGUCAAUUCAGUAUCACCAUUAACGUCAAUGCCAGGAAGUAGUUCUCAAUUUACAUCAGGAUCCUGGACAAGACUCAGUUCGAUGUUAGCCUCGACACCGAUGACAAUGAGUAGCUCUCAGUUAACAUCAGAACUUUUAACAACAGAGAAUUUUGUAUCAGCAUCUAUAUCUGCGAUGACAGACAGUUCUCAUUUUCCAACAGAACCUUCGACAAUAAUUAGUUCAGUACUAUCAUCGAGACUUAUGGAAACGAAUAGUUCUCAGCUCACAUCAGACUCGUUGACAACUGAUAUUUCAGUUGUGUCAUCGACACCUUUGGUAACGAGUACUUCUCAGUUUUCAUCAGAAUCUUUGAUAACAGAUAGUUCAGUAGUGUCAUCGAUAUCCACAGCGCCAAGUGAUCUUAAAUACUCGUCGAUAACUGUGACUUCACAGAAUUCUGAGCCAUUAGGAACAACUAUGAUAUCAAGUAAUAAUGGUGUGUUGUCCGAAACUAUGACAACAGGGAAUUCUGAAUAUGCAUCAACAACAAUAACAACUGAUCAAUCUGAAUCGUUAUCAACGACAAUGAUUUCGACUACUGCUCAAACAUCACCUGCAACCAUAUCGAUAGGUAAAGUACAAUGGUUUAGAAAUAACAACGUUCAAACAUCAACUUCUCCUCAAUCAGUCUUUUGGAAUAUAGAUAAACCGCUUAACUCUGGACGAUCUAACUUUGGAACUGCAUUAUUAGCAAAUGGACUAGUUCUUGUAGCUGGAGGUUAUGUUAAUUCUAGUACAUUUACUUCACAGACUGAAGUUUACACCUCAACCGGAUGGCAAUUUGCAAGUCUAAUGAAGGUACCACGUGCUUAUCAUACUGUUACUACUUUUGCAAAUAAUACUAAAGUAUUAGCCGCUGGUGGUAACGCUGUAAAUAGUGCACAAACUGCUGAAGUAUAUAACAUGGUUAACAAUGUAUGGACAUUCACAUCAGUUAAUAUGUUAACUCUUCAUUACGCACACACAGCUACUCUACUUGCAAAUGGACGAAUACUCAUUGCAGGUGGAUUUAACGCUUCAGUUAGAAGUGUAUCUGCAGCCGAGCUUUAUAUUCCAUCAUCAAACUCAUUUAUUAACACAACUAAUAUGAAUAUAGGACGAUCUUAUUUUACAAGUACACUUCUUAGUGAUGGAUCCACUGUACUUGUUACAGGAGGUGUAAAUGCUACUAAUUAUCUCAUUUCAUCAGCGGAACUUUAUAUUAAUGGCUCUUGGUUUCUCACAUCCAGUAGUAUGACUAUAAAUCGAGCUUUUCAUGCUGCUGUAUUAUUAAAUGAUGGAACUGUAUUAGUUGUAGGUGGAGGUAACAGUGCAUCAUUUGCAUUUCCAACUGCUGAGAUUUACAAUGCAACAUCAAAACGCUUUACAGCUGUUGGAUCAAUGCAAUAUCGCCGAGGAGGAUUAACACUUACACUCCUGUCAUCAGGUAAAGUAUUAGCAGUUGGUGGUGCUGAUUGGACAACAAGUACAUAUCCACUUGUAUGUGAAUUAUAUGAUCCUGUCACAAGAACUUGGUCAAAUACUGCUAUGUUGAAUCAUGGAAGAAAUUAUCAUCAAACUGUUUUAACAAAGACUUUUGUAUUAACCAUGGGUGGCUACGAUGGAAAUGAUAACAGACUUACCAGUUCUGAAAGAUACAAUUUAUGA